AUGGGUUCCAACAGCGGUAGAACCGCUAAGAUACCUCUCGUGCCCUUGUCCAAGGGCACUGUUCUCUUGCCUGGCGUGACUCUUCGAAUUCCCGUCUCGAACCGUCCCGACUUGGCCAAUUUGCUCUCCUCCCUAGUGGACCGACCAUCCAAACGCGAUGGCACCGUUAUCACCUUUGGGUGUGUUCCGCUGAAUUCGCCUUUCUUGAGCCACGAUGGCCUACAUUUGAUCGAAGGAGACGAUUCGGACGAAACACAGAGAGAUGACUAUGCUUCCAUCGAUGCAGGACAAGCGCGCAAGGAGGACCUAUUCCGCUACGGGACUCUAGGAAAGGUGGUCGGUGUUCAGCGCCGCGCCUAUUCGGAGCCGUUCCUUUUGGUCCAGGGCACUCAGCGCUUCACUAUCAGGAAAGUCCUGCGUGACCGCCCAUACUUUGAGGGCGAAGUUCUGCUCCAUGAAGAAAACUCGUCUUCUGUACAAAAUGAUCCAGAAGCAGCUGAAUUGUUCUCUCAACUGCGACAACUAUCCCGCGAAAUCCUCACCCUGCUACGCCUCUCCUCCCUUCUGUCGGCAGCCUCGACCCGCCUCUCUCCUCUGGUGGCACGGAAGUUCGAACUCUACAUCUCAAGGACCGAGCUGAGCCAAGCUGGGAAGCUAGCCGACUUCAUGGCGGAUGUUUCUGAUGCAAGCUUCGAAGAGAAACUGCGCAUUCUCGCAUCAUUCGACCUGAAAAAGAGACUGGCACGGGUGGUGGAGAUCUUGACACGCCAGGCUCAACAUAUCAAGAGUAGCGUCAAGGUCACAUCCAUCAGUACAUCUUUCCCGACAAGUAACCUUGACAUUGGUCAGAUGGAUCCUCGGGAGCGUGAGCUACUUGCAAAGCGUGCUAUGCAAGGUCUCUCAGGCCUCUCGCCUCCGGGUCCUUCGGGUGGGCGGGGUGGUGAUGAAGAGAAAGAGCCAAACGAAGUUGAUGAGCUGCAGAAGCGUCUCGAAGAGGCACAGCUCAGCCCGGAGGCCCAGAAGGUGGCCGAUAAAGAGUUGAAGCGUCUACGGAAGAUGAAUCCCGCCAACGCUGAGUAUGGAGUUUGCCGUACCUACCUCGAGAAUCUUGCCGAGAUUCCGUGGACUAAGGUGACCGAAGAUCAGCUUGGUCCAGACACUCUCAAGAAGGCUCGUCAGCAGCUGGAUGACGACCACUAUGGUUUGGAGCGGAUCAAGAAGCGUUUGCUCGAGUACCUAGCUGUGCUUCGGUUAAAGCAAUCAACGAAUAGCAACGUGGAUCGUGAGAUCCUUGGCCUCACUAAGGACCUAGAGGCUGCAUCCUCCGGUGACCUGGAACAGGAUACCCCUCUGCUGUCUGAGACCGAUCGCGUCGCCCUUGAAACGCGCCUGGAUAUCUUGAAGUCCAAGCGUGCGACUGACAAGUCCCCCAUCUUGCUCCUGGUCGGUCCACCUGGAACCGGAAAGACUAGCUUGGCUCGCUCAGUCGCGGCCUCUCUUGGUCGCAAGUUUCACCGUAUCUCUCUUGGUGGAGUACGAGAUGAAGCAGAAAUCCGCGGUCACCGCCGUACCUACGUCGCCGCCAUGCCCGGAUUGAUCGUCAAUGGUUUGAAGAAGGUCGGUGUGGCCAACCCAGUGUUUUUGCUGGAUGAAAUCGACAAGGUUGGCGGUGCGAAUUUCCAAGGCGAUCCUUCCGCCGCCAUGCUGGAAGUUCUAGACCCCGAGCAGAAUCAUACCUUCACCGAUCAUUAUAUCAACAUCCCCAUUGAUCUCAGCAAGAUUCUUUUCAUUGCCACUGCGAACUCGCUGGAAACCAUCCCAGCACCUUUGCUUGAUCGCAUGGAAACUAUUUCGCUCUCGGGAUACACCACUAUUGAGAAGCGACACAUUGCUAAACGACAUUUGAUUCCGAAGCAGAUUCGUUCUAACGGUCUAACCGAAGGCCAAGUCCGUCUUUCUGAUGAGGUCAUCGACAAGAUUAUCACAUCCUAUACUCGGGAAUCUGGCGUGCGUAAUCUUGAGCGUGAACUUGGCUCAAUCUGCCGCUACAAGGCCGUUCAGUACGCUGACGCAAGCGAUGCCGAUCGCGUACGCGAGUACAACCCUGUCGUCACCGUUGAAGACCUCGAGGAUAUUCUCGGCAUCGAGCGAUUUGAAGAAGAGAUUGCAGAGAAGCACGGCCGCCCUGGCGUUGUCACUGGACUGGUUGCUUAUUCUACCGGAGGACAGGGGAGCAUUCUUUUCAUCGAGGUCGCCGACAUGCCUGGCAAUGGCCGCGUGCAGCUCACUGGCAAACUUGGCGAUGUACUGAAGGAGUCCGUCGAGGUUGCGCUGACAUGGGUGAAAGCCCACUCGUUUGAGCUGGGACUCACCCACGACCCGAACGAGGACAUCAUGAAGAACCGAAGCCUCCACGUCCACUGUCCCUCUGGUGCCAUUCCUAAAGACGGUCCUUCAGCGGGCCUUGCGCACACUAUGGCGCUCAUUUCGCUGUUCACCAACAAGUCAGUGCCGCCUCAGAUCGCCAUGACUGGCGAGAUCUCGUUACGUGGCCGCGUGAUGCCCGUUGGUGGCAUCAAGGAGAAGCUCAUCGGCGCUCUACGUGCCGGUGUGAAGACCGUUCUGCUGCCCCAGGCCAAUCGCAAAGAUGUCAAGGACGUUCCCCAGGAGGUCCAUGAUGGCCUAGAGAUUAUCUAUGUUCAGCACAUCUGGGAGGCCCUGCAACGGAUCUGGCCGGAUGCUCACUGGCCUGGCCAGCAAAUGAACUUGAUUGAGAGCCGUCUGUAA